AUGGUCCGAGCCUUGCACACCCAGCGAGACCUGCGCUUGUCCGCGCAGCGCAGAGGCGAAGCUGGGGAAGGCGGGGGAAGAGGAGGGGCUCGGCGCCUGCCCGCACCCACUGCGCAUGACCGCAUGACGCUGCCGCCCCUGUUGCCAAGGCAGCGGGAAGGCGUAGCCCGGAAGGGGAGCCUUGCUGAGCGACACCCAGAGACUGAUCCCCGGUACGCUCGGGGCUCGCUAGUUCCUGAGCCAGUCUUGACCGGAACAAAGCCGAUGAACACCCAAAGGAAUUCACAAGAGCCAGGGGAACUGGCCCAAACGGACUUGAGGGCUAUGGCAGACCUUUCUGAGGACACCAUUCCUGAUGAGGUACAGAGUUCCGGUUCAUUCAGCUCCUCUGGAGGACUGCAGCCGUGGCCCCAGGCCUCUGGGAGCAAACCUGCGAGUGGAAAGCCGACCACACCCUUGGAAGACGGAGACAAACAAUCUGAGCUUCCAGACUACAAAAAUAAUGAGGAGAAGUUCAGUAGAAAAUGGAUCAACUAUCUCAAGGGCAAAGAAACUAACUCUGGACAGUACCAACCAGACGCUAAACUUCAGACACAAAGCACUCGGGUAUCCGAUGAAGAACUGAACGCCCGGCAGUCUUUUUGCGCCGUUAAGAUAAGCCUGAUCCAUCGCAGAGCAAACUUGAAGGAGCAAAAGAGCAGCAGACAAAAAAAGCCACAGCUUAGAUUGGUUGCAGAGGCUUCAGAGAUAGAUGCCUUAAACUGUACUGUGCCUGAUGAACUUUUGAACAGAAUCUACUUAAAAAACAUAAGGACAGCACCAAAACAGGUGGCAACAGCUGAUCAACACAUUUCUUCUCAGUGCCCCAGUUGCAACAGAAAAAGAGCAGAACUGGCUCAAUCGGCCUUUCUGAGACAAAAGAAGACUUUACUGGAGUCACUUCUACUCCAAGAGAAAAUGGAUGAACAUCUUUAUACCAGAGACUUUCUUACCCUUAUUGGAGAUGCACAUCAGGGCCUCCCCAGGCUUUCAGAUGAUCCCAAAAUAAUCUGGAAAAGACUGAAUGAGAAAAGUCAGAUCAGAAACUCUGGUUUUGAAAGGUCAGAUACAGAACAGGUGUGGCAGAAUGAAAAAAGUGUUUGUCAUUUACCUUUUCUCCACCACCUGUCCAAACCACUUACACUAUCCAAACAGGACACAGUGUUUAUUAAUGAUAAUGUGUAA